CCCAUUUGGCUGUAUUAAAAGAUAAACAAAUAAAUAGAACGCUAAAUACCAAAUGGUUUUGUUUCAUUUCUCGACUGUCAACUGUACUAUUUUAUAGAUUGGCCACCUACCAUACAUGAAAGGGUGUAUGCAGCAGAAGUAGUCACUGCAAAGUUGCACACAAUUUGAGUUUGUCAUAUUUGUUUUUACCAUUACAUCUGCUCUGUGGUCGGCCUCCAUGUGACAUCCAUGAAACGUGUUUCCUCCCAGAUUCAACGAUGUGCUACACUGUUACAUGACCUCCAGGACGCUGAACCGCUCUAUCAGUUGUUAACAGCCAUGAGUUGUACUGAUAGUGACGACAGCGGACAUGUGUGCGCGUGCAUCUCAGAGUGUUUACUUUCCAUGAACUGCUUGCCCUCAUUCAAUGCAACGUAACAAUAUAUCAGCAAAAGCUAUUUGAUGGCCUCAACUUACCAGCCAACGGCUUCUGUUCUCAGGCCUCUAACCCUGCAGGCAGGUGGGGGUAGUGACAAUAAAAGUUGGAACCUUCAUUUAUAGUUUCUCCCGUGUUCACGAACCCCAAAACAUCCACAUGCAUGUCCCAGAGCAGAACUAUAGUCUAUGCUUGAUUAUCUGUCUUCUGGAGAGGAGAGUAAGACGCAGCCUGCAGGGUUGUUUUUUAUCAGAGUGUCAGAUGAGGAGAAAAGUGAGUGAUGAAGAGAGAUAGAGAGCUGAGAUGACAGCUGUCUGACGGAGGGACAGCAGGAGGAGGGAGCACAUGGGACACUUCAAAUGCAAAAGACAACCAUCCAUCUGCUAAGAAUGAGUGAAACUCCAAUAGAGCUUGAGCCUCGGCUAUCAGUCCAGCCAUCAUCACAGCCAGAAUCUGGGAGGGGGCUCCAGCCUCCUCCUUUGUUUCAGCUGCCACUCCCGACCCAAGAUCCUUCCGACACCCAUCAACAAAUGCAGCUCCAGCUUGAGCCACAGCUGUCAGAGUCUAACCCCGAGCACCAGCAACAAGCAAAGCCAGUGUGGAUAAAUCGUCGAAGGCUAAUUCGCCUCAUUUUGGGGUUCUCCUUAUGUAGUGCCAUUCUGGGACUGGUUUACUAUAUGCAUUAUAAUCAUCAAAAUAGCAACAUCCAGGCAGGCAAAGGUAGGCCUCCAGAGAAACACAACACAAUUACACACACAGUGACUCCAUGUCUCUCCCCAGCCUGUCAGUGGGCCUCAGCACGUCUGUCCAUAUCUGCUGACCCCUUCACGCAGCCCUGCGAUUACUUCUUGUUCACCUGUGGAUCUGAUAUACUUUCACCAGACAAUGGGGGGAGGCAAAGAGGGCAGGGCAUCCCUGGACAUCCACAGAACCAGAAAGAAAAGGCUGUGUGGACAGAGAGGAGAGGACAGAGUAAAGAGAGAGAAGAUAGAGGACUGAGAAAGGAGAAGAUACCGGACAGAAAAACAGUGCUGCUGCAGUAUCUCAGGGAGAUUUUGGGUAAAUCAAACACCAGACCGGGUAGUACAGCAGUGCAAAAGGCCAAAGGAUUUUACCAUUCCUGUUUGGACACCAAAUCCAUACAAACAGCUGGAGCAGAGCCCUUCCUCGCACUCAUCCAGAAACUUGGGGGCUGGGCAGUAUCAGGCCAGUGGAAUCGGACAGACUUUAACUCCACCCUGAGACUGCUCAUGAGAGACUACGCCACAUUUCCAUUCUUCAACCUCUAUGUGGGCAAAGACCCAAAUGAAAUUGCCCACGGGACAACCAGAAGAUAUAUACAGAUUGAUCAGCCAGAUCUGUUGAUCCCCAUCGAAUGGAACAGCAAGACACUGAAGUCUCAAGCUAAAACUCGGACGCUACGUCCCUUCUUGGCAUCAUGUGAGAGGUACCUGGCAUUGUUGGGGGCCCCUCCCAGCAGCAGCAUGAUCCACGUGGGCACCUUCAUCUCUCUGUCCUCUGAGCUCGCCGUGGCUGCUGCACCUCUGGACUUUCGCCUGUCGAAAGGACAGCUUUAUCAGCGCAUGACCAUCAGAGAACUACAGAAGCAGGCGCCUGCCAUUGAUUGGCUGGGCUGUCUGCAGGCCGCUUUCCAUCCACUGCCACUCAUCGAAGAUGAUCAUGUCCUUCUGCAUAACUUACCCUACAUUGUGCAAAUGUCCCGCAUUGUUGGCAAAUGGCUGAACAAGCAUGAGCCGAGCAGCAGCGGCCCCGUUCAUACGUACAUGGUCCUCAGUCUGCUGCACAAGCUGAUGCCUGCUCUAGACUCCAGGUUUUCUGAAACAGCAAAGAAUUUGUCUAUGGCUCUGGGUGACGCUGAAGAGGGAGCUGAUCGCUGGAAACACUGUGUAUUAGAGACUGAGAGAGGAUUUGACUUAGUUCUUACUCACCUUCUCAGUAAAAGGACAGCGCACAGAGAGAUUUUCAUUGUUCAACAGGCAGAGGAGAUUAUUCAAAAUAUCUUUACCUCCUUCAAAUCCAAAUUACAUGAACUCAAGUGGACAGAUCAGAAGUCUCUCCAGUUUGUCAUGAAAAAGAUUCAGUCUUUAAUUCCAAGACUUUGGACUACAAAGGAGAUCUCUAGUGAGGCUGAGCUCGACCUGCUUUUUUCCAAGGUGACGGUCGGCACAACUAGCUUCUUCUCCAACUAUGUCCAGUCACUUUCCUUGUGGCAAAAGAGACGCAGUCAGCUCUUGACUGAGAAGGCAGAGGCGGCUGAUAUUCUGUCUGUUACGCCAUUUCUCCUGGGUGAUGAGCUCCUCUUUCCCAUGGGAAUGUUUAUCCCUCCUCUCUUCCAUCCUACCUAUCCCAGGGCAAUGAACUAUGGCGUGAUGGGUUUCAUUAUCGCCAAAGAUAUCCUCCACCUGAUUUUGCCUGAUGUUUACUCUCACAGUGAGAUGGUGCAUGCUGUGGGGGAAUGUGUGUGGGCUCACUACCUCACUGUCACAGAAAAAGCGGGCCGAGGUGGAGAGUUUUCUCUCUCAGCAGCGCAGCAGCAGGAGCUGUGGGUGCAGUAUUCUGCACUGCAGAUAGCAUUGCAGGCUUAUCAUCAGAGUCUAAAGAACCAUCCGAAUGACACCUCCAUCUCAGGACUGUCACACACGCGUCUGUUUCUCACCUCUUUUUCGCAGGUUAACUGUGACUCAGACCCAUAUAGCAAAUGUAUGCCCUUGGAGCCCUCCUUCUUGAUUACAGUGAUUUGUGCCAAAUCUGACCUGUGUCCUACAAGCCUGCAGUGCCCCAAUAAAACCCAGCAGCAUUCAUUAGAAACGUGCUGAGUACCACUCCUCUGAAGACCGGCAGGGUUUUGUUUUUGUAGUUAUUGAUUAUUAUUGUGGAUUUGUCUGGCAAAACACUUGGUGCUAUAGAAAUACAGCACACUGAUGUUUACAAACUGUUGUUGCAAAGAUAGUUUAUCAUUAUUAUUACACACGUGUAUGGUGGGAUUAUGUACAGGUAAAUAAAAACCUGCAUUUUUUUUGUAUCAGUAGUUAAGAUGUUUGGAUUUCCAUAGAUUGUACACGCUGUUGCAUAUUCAUGAUAAUAAAAUAAACAUUUGA